CUCUCUGCACGCAAAAAGCGAAGAAGGAUCCUAACGAACAACGACGUCGCUUCCCUUCUUUAUAAAACUCUCUCUCUUGUUUGUCGGUCUCGUGAUUUUUCAAACUGCGUUUUUUUCUGUGUGUAUAAAUCUUGGAGAUGGCGGGCAUGGCGAUGAGCGCUUUCGUUUUGUAGCUCUGCUUGUUUGUGGGCCCUUUUGUUGAGUAGUGGUUCCAAGGCGCGAGGAGAGAAGCAAUGUGUGUGAUUCUGGAAGGCGAAGGCAACGACGCCGCUUUGGUCCCGCCCCCCAACUUCUCCAUGGUCGAAGAAGGCAUCUAUCGAUCGGCAUUCCCUCAACCCCCCAAUUUCUCCUUUCUUCGAACCCUGAACCUCCGAUCCGUCGUGUGCUUGUGUACUGAGCCGUAUCCGGAGGAAAAUUUGGAAUUUUUUCGUUUGCAGAAUAUUCGGCUCUUUCAGUUUGGAAUUGAAGGAAAGAAGGAGUCUUCUGUGUCUAUCCCCAGGGAUGUCAUUAAGGAGGCUUUGAAAGUCUUGAUUGAUGUCAGAAAUCAUCCUGUUUUGAUCCAUUGCAAACGUGGAAAGCACCGAACUGGCUGUCUUGUUGGCUGCUUGAGAAAGUUGCAGAAUUGGUGUUUGGCUUCCAUCUUUGAGGAGUAUCAGCGUUUUGCCGGUGCAAAAUCCAGGACUACUGAUUUGAGGUUCAUAGAGACGUUUGAUGUCCUGCCUCUGAGGCAGUGUCUUUACAGCAUUAUCUACCAGUACCAAGGAUAUGGUCCAAACAAGAGGCGCUUGCUUUACAGAGAAGAGCAUUUACACAAGCCUCAGAUAAAAUCAAUAUAGCUAGCAGCAAUUGGAGGAUCCUUUUUUUUCUGGUUAUGGUCGUCUUAAGCAGAUAGUUGGACACAAUAUCUACACAUUACAUUUCAUACCUUUCUUCUUUUGUUGGUUUUCAUCACUCUUAUAUGGCUUCUUUCGAUACAACUUUCUUGCUAUUUUCUUUUUCGUUAUUUUGGUUUGAACUUCACUCCAUCAGGAGAGUGGCUAAGAGCCCUGGUCCAAUCUUCUGUAAGCAUAUAUAUAUAUAUAUAUAUAUACACACACACAGGAAACUGCUUUACAACUCUCUCUCUCUUUAUUGCUAUGUUCUUCACUUUGUAGAUAAAGAAAGUGCAUGAAAAUGAUUUCUUAGGCAGAACAGAGACUGCUUGCA